AUGUCUGCCCUCCUCCUCAUCCCCCUCGUCGCCUCGAUUGCGAGCCGGAUCCCAGGAGCGGUUGCGCAGGGCACCAAUGCAGUCUGUAACUCGGGCUUCGAUUGGAUGACAAACUCGAAGGGCCAGAGUCCGUGUUUGGUUUCUUCCUAUCUCUUCACGCCCUGCUCUGCGCCAGCUGCGUCCUGGGUAUAUCCACUAUCGCCCGGAUUCCACUACAACACGCCCUUGGACGACCCGAGUAGCGCGACGCCCUGCCGUUGCAAUACCGUCUUGUUCUCGACCAUCGCUGCUUGUGCGACAUGCCAAGGCCAGGAGGAGUUCAUCGUGCCAUGGUCGACAUACCAACAGAAUUGCUCGACAGUAUACAUAGAGCAGUAUCCCGAGAACAUCCCUGUUGGCACGGCCGUCCCUGCAUGGGCGUACCUUGACAUCACGACAAAUAACACUUUCAACCCUGUACAAGCUGAAGCCGUCGCUGCGCAAAACGUUCCUGAGUCCACUGCGUCCGGCACUCCCUCAUCGACCUCGAACGGGGCCACUCUGACUGCGCCGCCCACUGAGACAUCGAGUUCCGACGGCGCACCCAACUCGGGCAGCAACAGCAACAGCGGAACCUCUUCGAAGAAGUCCAACGUCGGUCCCAUCGUCGGUGGCGUCGUUGGUGGGAUCGGCGGUCUCGCUCUGAUUGGCCUCGUCCUGUUCUUCAUCCUCCGUCACCGUCGCAACGCCAGGGAGAACCAGCCGACGGGCCCGAUCGACCUCACUGCGGGCGGAGACUACGGCCAGUACGCGCAGUACGGCAACACCUAUGGCGAGGCGCAAUACGCAGAGAAGUCGCCUGGCGCCGUCCCCGACUCGGCUCAGCCGCUGAUGUCGAACGCCAAGCUCUACGAUCCGAACGACCCGAGCACGUUCCCCACCGUAGAUCCCUACGCAACCUCUGCGCAUGCAUCGACCGGGUACCCCGCCACGGAGCACACUCUUAUCAAUAACGGUCCCAACCAGCCUAGCAUCAGCGCGAACCAGAACCCCACCUACCGCGGUGCGCCUGAACUCUAGGCCGGGAAGAUUUGGCUGCGCGCCUCCUAUGUUACGAAUGUCCACAGGCUGACGCUCCUGGUGCUGAGGUCAACUAAUGUAUCGCCGAUCUCUGUACAACCUGGCUCCCUAAAUCAGCCCCACAUCUAGCUGACCCUUAUUGGAUAUCCUACCCGGUAGCAUAGUAGAACCGUUAUGUCGCAUGAC